CAUCAUGUCCAAUAGCUGUUAUUCAGAAAACACUCUUUGUACUUAUGUUUACUCACACAGAUUAUAUGGUGGGGUUGGGCUCUUUUGCUGGAUGCUUCCCAAGCAACCAAAAGCUUUGGAGGUGGCAGCCCAAACGCUUCAAAUGCAAAUACUGAAGCCAGCGAGUAUUUUUCUGAGUACCUGCCAAGAUCCCGUUUUCUGAGAACACACUGGUGAAUCAAAAUUUAGUUUCGUGAAUGUUUAUGGACAAUAACCAAGAGAGCAGCUCCAAAUACCAUCUUUUCAAACAAAUUCUGUUUCUCUUCUAAGGCAUGUUCCGAAAUCCAUUUGGGCUCACCAGUCCAUGUCUAGUUCUUGCCAAGUAUGAAAUAUCCAUGGAGUCUCUUCUUUUCUUGGUCACACUUCCUUUUCUUCUGGAAAAGAAGGUGAUGCUCAGACUGAUGCUGAGAGACAUUCUUGCUCUCCAAUGCCUUUGAUACUCACUGCCUGCUUCUGCCUCUAACUCGCACAACAAAUGCGAUACAGAAAAGACUCAUUGCUUUUAAAUUCAGUUUUUAUCCCUUCAGCAGAAAUGGCUACUUUCUGGCCUGUUUUCUCCCAAGAGCAGAAGUGCAUGAGGUGGGGUGAUGGUUUGCUGUGCUUCCAGUAAAGCAUGUGCUUCCUAUGGUAACUGGUGUUUCCAGUUGACCCACUGCAAUUCUCAGGUGUUCCUCAGCCUGGACUGUGUGGAGAACUGUGAAGAACACAUAUAACAGACUGAUUUCCUCAGGCCUGAGAUCUGCACCUACCCUGCAAGCAAACUGCUGCUGCCUCUCCCUGUCUUUUUAUUUUAGGAGGUGUCACAUCAGCAAUUGGGCUUGAGGAGAGACUGAAGACCAAGAGGGAACAGUGAUGGAUGGGCUAAUGCCAGGCUCAGAAAACUGAGCUUUGCCCAGUGCUUCCCAUUUCAUCUGUGCUCGCCCAAGGCAGAAGCUGCCCUUACUGCUCCUCCAGCCCCUCAGCGAGAGUGGCCACACAUCUGAGUCACCAUGGGCAAGAUGGACAACCCCUCUGUGGAGCUGAACUCUCCCUCCGAGGUGAAGCAGGCAGCCCUGGAGGAGCCAGAGCCCAUCACCCCUGAGGUUGUGAGCACCAAGAAGAAGAAGAAGGAGCUCCCAGACAGAGGUUCCUGGAAGGGGAAAUUUGACUUCUUGCUGUCCUGUGUGGGCUACGCUAUUGGUCUGGGCAACGUCUGGCGCUUCCCUUAUCUCUGUGGCAAGAAUGGAGGAGGGGCCUUCCUCAUCCCCUAUUUCCUGACACUGGUGUUUGCUGGGAUUCCUCUUUUCCUUCUGGAAACUGCUCUGGGCCAGUAUACCUCGGUCGGUGGACUGGGAGUCUGGAGAUUGGCACCCAUGUUUAAAGGAGUGGGACUGGCAGCUAUGGUUCUCUCCUUCUGGCUGAACAUCUAUUACAUUGUCAUCAUUGCCUGGGCUCUCUACUAUCUCUUCAACUCUUUCACUGCGGUAGUGUAUUUCUCGGCCACCUAUCCCUACUUCAUGCUUUUCAUCCUCUUAUUCCGUGGAGUCACUCUGCCGGGAGCCAAGGAGGGGAUCCUCUUCUACCUCACGCCUGACUUCAGAAAGCUCUCCGACUCCGAGGUCUGGAUGGAUGCAGCCACACAGAUCUUCUUCUCUUAUGGCCUGGGGCUGGGGUCCCUGAUUGCUCUGGGGAGCUACAACACUUUCCACAACAAUGUCUACAGAGACUCCAUUAUUGUCUGUUGUAUAAACUCCACUACAAGUGUAUUUGCUGGAUUUGUUAUUUUCUCCAUCAUUGGCUUCAUGUCACACAUCACGAAGAAGUCAGUCUCAGAGCUGGCCUCCUCAGGCCCUGGACUGGCUUUCCUCGCCUACCCACAGGUUGUCACACAGCUGCCCCUGUCCCCUCUCUGGUCAGUCCUCUUCUUCUCCAUGCUGAUGAUGUUGGGUCUGGAUAGUCAGUUCUGCACGGUGGAAGGGUUCAUUACAGCCCUGGUGGAUGAGUAUCCUCAUCUCCUAAGAGCCAGGAAGAAGAUCUUCAUCGCAGUGGUCUGUUUCAUCUCUUAUCUCAUUGGAUUCUCCAACAUCACCCAGGGUGGCAUUUAUGUCUUCAAGCUGUUUGAUUACUACUCAGCCAGUGGCAUGUGUCUUCUCUUUCUUGUCUUCUUUGAGACCAUUUCAAUCUCUUGGUGUUAUGGUGUGAACAGGUUUUACAGGAACAUCGAAGAAAUGAUUGGCUACAAGCCUUGCAUCUGGUGGAAGAUCUGUUGGGCCUUCUUCACACCUCUUGUCUGCCUGGGUGUGUUCUUCUUCAGUGUGGUGGAAAUGACCCCUCUGACAUUGGGAAAAUACGUCUAUCCUGCAUGGGGACAAGGCCUUGGUUGGCUUAUGGCUCUGUCCUCCAUGGUACUGAUUCCAGGAUACAUGCUGUACUCUUUCUUCACCUCAAAGGGGACUCUCCGGCAGCGUUUGCAGCAGAUGACACAGCCCAAAGCAGAGGUGCACGUGCAGAACAACGGCCUCCAGCCAAAGACGUCCUUGAAUGGGAGGAUCUCAGAUGCCACCGUCUAGGAGGAAAACCUGAACAUCCUCACCCUGUCCCGUAGCUGCUCGCUCCACACUGUCCCUCGAGCUCCUCCGGCACAGCUUCAUGUCCCUGGCUCCAUGAUGGCUUUCACUUGUUGAAGAGAGGACCUGGCGGAGGAACCUGCUUGUGUCCCUCCUGGCCUGGCUUAACCAAGGCCCUGAACAAGCUGUCACUGGGGUGUUGUGCAGUGACCGUCUUCAUCCUGCAACAUCCUGGUCCAGGCUCUCAGGGAGGAGCAGCCGGUGCCCAUGCCUUCCUCCUCCCGAGCAGAGGUGAUGUCUCUAGAGAGCUUAGACUGACUGUUGUCCACUUCUUUGCUUUUCUUGCCUUUCCGUGUGAAACUCUGCAGAGCAUCCCCUCGCACACAGCUGUGCUUUCACCCCACAGAUCUUGCUGACGUUGGGUUCAAAUCACAGGUGGCUGUUGAUUUAUGGAGCAUAAACCAACACUAACAAAUAACUGGAGAGGACGUGCAGAACAAAGGAUACUAGUGCAGAAUGAGGGAUUCUAGUGAGGAGUCCAGCAUGCUGGUAGCUGUAGGACACCACCCCAAAACUGGAGAAGGGCUUAAGGACAAUGUGUGCUGCUCACAGGUGCCAGGUGUCAGCCCUGCACAGUCUCCAGCUGUGUUCCCUGCAUCCAUUGGGGCUGGCCCUGUGAGUCAAAGCCCUGCAGAGCAGGCAGCCUUUCUCUUCUGGAGCAUCCUGCCCUCUGCAGCUCUGUGUAGUAGCUAGUCCCUCACCCUAAAAUGCAGUUACAAGGGUAAGUGAAGGGCUCUUUGCUAGAGGCUGUCCGAAUCUCCUACAUGACCACUCUCUGCUACAACCAGCUUUGUGCAGAGGCAAGAGGUCCACCAUGUGAUAGAGAGAUUUUCCAGCACUCCCCCCAGCCAAUCUCCCACCAACUGGAAAAAGGUAGUUCCUGCCAAACACCCACCCUGGCUGCAUCCCUGGGUGGGAAAUAAUAAGGUGCAGCAUAGUGCCCAUGGAUGGUUUAGUUUACACCUUUUCUGUGAAGUGGCAACACCUAAAUCCCAGGAGCUUCUGAGGCACUUGGUAGGAUGUAGCCCCCAUGCUUAAACUCACCCCUGUGAACCAGUGCUGUUGACCUUUGGGAAGUAUCUGUACAGCCUGCUGCUGGCAUUGGCACAUCCCAACUCCCAACACACACCACAGGAGACAGUGAGCUGGUGUAGAUGAUGCUGGAGGAGGGUAACACCACAGAGAAGGCUGGGAAGUAUUUCAGAGCAGUUCUAAAGCAGCAACAUAUUUCUUGGUUAUAAAACCUUGUGAAAUGAAGUGUCUCAUCGUAGCACCAUGUGUAGAUGUGACAGUGAUGUUCCCAUUUGUGCCAGCUGCCCAAUGACCCCAUGCAGGGAUAACUGUGUACUCAGAGCAUUUGAAGAGCACCCACCACACAUGUGCACACGUGGUGUGACAGUGCAGAUUAGUCUCUCCCCACCCAUAACACAGCACUGGCACUGCUCACACUUCAGGUUCAGCUCAGAAUCAACAAACUCAUCAAUGAGCAUCCAAGAAAAGGUAUGUCCACCCACACUUCCUACCAAAGGGUCUGGUCUCAUAAGUGACACAGUGCAGUCCCCUCGAGGUCCCACCUCAGGCACCAACUGAGUGAUGAGCUUUUGCACAGUUGUCCUGCACUCCAACAGCAGCUGCAAAAUGCUGCAUGUUGGCCCUGUGCUGCCUGCCCCUGGCACCUGCCAGUGCACGGGGCCAACCUGCUCUUCUGCCGGUCCUCCAGCCUGAGGAUCAGUAACAGGAGGAGGAAAGAAGUUUUCUGGUUAAAGCUGAAGUCAGUCAUCUUUGGGGGUGGGUCCCCUGCCAACUUGCCAAUGCAUCUCAAUUAAUGUUGUUUCAGAUGUGUAACCCAUUUUUGUUUGUACACGUGGCUCUUAGUGGCUGUGGCUGCCAGGCCUUCAGUGUGUGUUUUGUGGUCUCCAACACCCCGAGCUGGGAUCACGCCCUGUUCCACGUCUGAUCAGUCGGGUGUUUGCGUCAAAACAAUCACAGCUGUUAAACAGACAUGAGGAAACACUGAAUUUACAGGUUUGAUCUCGUAAAGCCGAAAGCAAACACUGAGAGCUGCAAUCAUAGCUCGUCACAAUUAAUCUCAGCCCGUCACAGUCAUGUCAUCUUUCCUUGUCCCUUAUUUGUCUGCGCUAGUACAGCUGAAAAUUUCUAUUCCAAUUUCACCUACUUUUAUGAACCGGGGCAAUAAAGGAAACCACUCUUUAUAAGCAG